AUGGUUCAACUGAUGAACUGGGCUGGCUGGUUCACUGCGGUUUCACUCUUGACUGGUAUCUAUGCCCAGUCGCCCGAAGAUAUCUUAAGUGUUUCGUCAAGAUCAUUCUCAACCACGACGAGAGACUCCUUGGCCUCGGAAACAAGCGCUGUCUCCUUGGCAGCUCCUACUGGUACUGGACAGCCAUGUGGAAGAAUCGCAGCAGCGGUAGAAACAUCAUCAAGCUCAAGCUUUUACAGAGUGGCUGUGCCUGCAGAGCUCGCUUACGAGUGCUUGACAUCAGUGCCGGUGAGACCAUUGGCGGCCUUGGGGACGAUUGAUGGCAUUGUAAAGAUGGUCCAAUUUCAAUCGAAUCUUGCAUAUCUCAAGAAUCCCCCUGACGGUUACGACAAUCCUCCAGUCGACAUUUUAGGCGGCCUAGCCGACAUCCGGGCCAAAGCUUCGGACAACGAGUACGCCAAUCAAUACGAUUUCGAGGCAGAGAUUGCCACCUUGCUCGACAGUGCGAGGGACGGUCAUCUUGGUUUCGAUGGCACCACUUAUGCUGGUGCUGUAAGAUGGAGAAGAGAUAUCAUCUUGGUAUCCCUAUCUCAAGAUGGUGAUCCAUCCAAGAUAUACAAUUUAGUCGACUUCAAUUCUACCUCCAGCCCUUCUCCUGUCUCUCGGAUCGAUGGAGAAGACGUUGAUGCAUUUCUUCAGGAAGAAGCCAGUCGUGUACCUUACCAUGACCCUGAUGCCAGAUGGAAUUCUCUAUUCUACCGUCUCCCUGCUCAGAACUUCGGCUUUUUUGGAAGCCCACGAUGGUAUCCCGGACCAACGACCACAAUUAGUUUCGAGAACGGCACAGAGCAGACCUACACCAAUCGAGCCAUUUUGCGGGAGGAGGACUCUUGGUCAGAUGUAUCCGAUGGUGAUUCAUUCUAUUCAGUCUUCGUGGACCCUUCCUCAGCAAUAACAGCCCGACGACAAGCCAACUUGCGGACUGCUCCUCAUGUUCCAACCCGUCUACAGCAGGUGCGGGAAAUCCUCGAUGACGGUGAUGCAGAUGUCCCUGUGGGCUAUCCUGAACCAUCCAUCACCGGUCCCACCGAGGUUUACAUCAACGGCUAUUUCAUGGAUCAUUCCAACAUCAGGAAUCUUGCAGUUUUGGCUUUGCAGACGUUCGACACCGAGACUGAUGCAGAUGCUCGACGGUUCCAGUCUUUGAUAGAGCAAUUUUUGGCUGAAGCAAAGUCUCGAGGGACCGAGAAAGUUAUCAUCGAUCUACAAUCAAAUGGUGGCGGCAGAGUGUUUCUGGGGUACGACACCUUUCGCCAGGCAAGUCCAAACUGUCAAGCCGUACCGAGGAGAAGCACUGACCUCUUGCAGUUCUUUCCUGACAUUGAGCCAUUUGGUGGCGGCAGAUAUAGAGCACACGAGUCGGCGAAUAUUUUAGGCACGGAGUUCAGUCGUUUGUCCUUCUCGCAGAAUGGCUUGGGCUACACCAGCCCCUUCAACUACCACAGCUAUAUCGACAGCUCCAACGAACCAUUCACCUCCUGGACAGAUAUGUACAACGGCCGCGUUGUAAACAACGACAACUUCACCUCCAUCCUGCGCUACAACCUCUCCGACCCCAACCUCACCUCCUCAAGCACCUACGGCGACGGCAUAACCAUAACCGGCUACCUCGACCGCAGCGACUUCACCACCCCACCCUUCGCCGCCUCCGACCUGAUCCUCCUAACCGACGGCAUCUGCAGCUCCACCUGCGCCCUCUUCCUCGAAUUCAUGACCAUCGAAGCCGGCGUCAAGACCAUCGUCCUGGGCGGCCGCCCGCAAGACGGGCCCAUGCAAUCCGUCGGCGGCACAAAGGGCACCAACGUCCUCGACGCCGACUACCUGACCACCUUCUCUGGGUACUUGAUCUCAGAAUUCGCGGAUAGCGCCUCCGAGCGUCGGGCCUGGGCUUCCAUACUUCCCGAACCCUUCCCCAUCCGGGCAUACGAAGCUUCGGUCAAUUUUCUGGACAACAUCCGCCAAGGGGACGAGGGUAUGACGCCGACGCAGUUUACGAACGAGACGGCCAACUGCAGGCUUCGGUACACGGCGGAGAUGGCGACGGAUCCGAUGGCGUUGUGGGGCAUGGUUGCGGAUGUGGCUUGGGGGGGGCAAGGGGGCGGGGUGGCCGGUUCCUAUCGGAGGGAGUCGUGGCUGGAGGCGCCGCCGGUUUCGAGUGGCGGCUCCGAUGCUGAGGAGAAUGGGGAGGCGAGGACCGGCGCUGCGGCUGCCAAUGUCAAUGCGAACGGGCUGGAUGUACGAUGGGCCGUGGCGGCAUCGUUGGUGUUUGUCGCCGGCGUUUCCUUCUUCUAG